CGCCGGUGUCCCGCCGAUAGGCCGCCGGGGGCUGAGCGAGUCCGUCUGCGGCCCCGCGGGGGCCCGCCGUGAGGGAGCUCGGCCCCGCGCCAAGCCGGAGGCAGGGGAACGCCUCUCUGCUCCCCAUCGCUGGCCAGGGAGCCUGCGAGAGGGGCUGCAGCUUCCCAGCGGAGCCACAGCCGGGAGGGCGGCAGCGGCCGCCGUCAUGGAGAGGACUCCCAUCCCGGUGCUGACGGUGCAGACGUCGCCCUACGAGGACCAGCGGCCGACGGGCGGCGGGGGGCUGCGGCGGCCCACGGCGCUCUUCGAGAGCCAGCGCAACUACCUGCCCAACUUCGUGCAGAGCCUACUCUCCUCUGUCGAUCUCCGCGACCGCCAGGGCUGCACCAUGGUGGUGGGCAGCGACGGCAGGUACUUCAGCAAGACGGCCAUCGAGAUUGUCGUCCAGAUGGCCGCGGCCAACGGGAUUGGCAGAUUGGUUAUUGGACAGAACGGUAUCUUAUCCACACCUGCUGUGUCAUGUAUCAUCCGAAAGAUCAAAGCAGCUGGUGGAAUUAUCCUAACAGCUAGCCACAGCCCUGGGGGACCUGGAGGAGAAUUUGGAGUCAAGUUUGAGGUUGCCAAUGGAGGACCUGCUCCAGAUAUAGUUUCGGAUAAAAUCUACCAAAUCAGCAAAACUUUGGAGGAAUACGCCAUUUGUCCUGAUCUUAGAGUUGAUUUAUCACGCUUAGGCAGACAAGAAUUUGAUCUGGAGAACAAAUUCAAACCUUUCCGAGUGGAAAUUGUGGAUUCUGUGGAUAUCUACCUCAAUCUCCUUCGAAGUAUCUUUGACUUCAAUGCAAUCAGAAAUUUGCUGACUGGACCCAACCAGAUUAAAAUAAGGAUUGAUGCCAUGAAUGGAGUUAUGGGACCUUAUGUGAGAAGAAUCCUGUGUGAUGAAUUGGGAGCUCCUGCAAAUUCUGCCAUAAACUGUAUUCCUCUGGAGGAUUUUGGUGGACAGCCUCCUGAUCCAAACUUAACGUAUGCAACCGCUUUGCUGGAGGCUAUGAGAGGUGGCGAGUAUGGAUUUGGAGCCGCUUUUGAUGCUGAUGGAGACCGCUACAUGAUCCUUGGCCAAAACGGUUUCUUCGUCAAUGCGUCGGACUCAUUGGCUAUAAUUGCUGCCAAUCUGUCUUGCAUUCCGUACUUUUGUCAGAUGGGUGUCCGAGGAUUUGGCAGGAGCAUGCCUACCAGCACUGCCCUGGACAAAGUAGCAAAAGUCAUGAAGGUCCCUGUGUAUGAGACACCAGCGGGGUGGAGGUAUUUUUCCAAUCUUAUGGACUCUGGACGUUGCUCUCUUUGUGGAGAGGAGAGCUUUGGCACUGGGUCUGAUCACCUUCGUGAGAAAGAUGGACUGUGGGCUGUGCUAGUUUGGCUCUCAAUCCUAGCAGCUCGGAAACAGAGUGUGGAGGAAAUUGUCAGGGAUCACUGGACAAAAUUUGGCCGGCACUACUACUGCAGGUUUGACUAUGAAGCACUGGAACCCAGAACAGCAUAUUUCAUAAUGAGAGACCUAGAAGCUUUGAUCACUGACAAGUCAUUCAGCCAUCAGCAGUUUGCCGUGGGUAACAACAUCUACAGUGUGGAAAGAACAGACAGCUUUGAGUACAUAGAUCCUGUGGAUGGCACUGUGACCAAAAGACAGGGGCUGCGAAUUAUAUUUUCAGAUGCAUCCAGGCUCAUCUUCAGAAUGAGUGCUUCUAGCCAUGUCAGAGCUACUCUCCGGAUCUAUGCCGAGAGUUAUGAAAAGGAUCCCAGCCAACACAAUAAGGAAACACAGGCUGUGCUGAGUCCUCUUAUAGCAAUUGCACUGAAAAUAUCUCAGAUUCAUGAGAGGACAGGGCGAAAGGGACCCACUGUCAUCACCUGAAGCCACAGAAGAUUGUUAAACCAGGGCCAAAAGAGGAGCAGCAAGGAAAAGACAGGACCUUGCUGAAACACAUCAUUAAUUUGUGCCUUGUAUGAUUAAAAGAAGUUUUCUUGGGGAUAGAAGUAGGGUGGGAAGAAAAAAAACAAUAUAAUAUUGAGCAUAUUCAUUUGCAUUGAUCUCCAAAUACAAUAGUGUGCUGACUUCUUUGUUUUACCUGCAAUACCUUUAUUUCCAAUAACAGUAUAACCAAAGAAAGAGUCCUUAACUGCCAGUUGUUGGCAGCAAUGAGACGGAAAGGAAAACUGCUUGGUUUUGAAUGCUUUGAUAAAAUUUGGGGAAAUUUCAGUUAGUGAGAGAGAGGGAGACCUUGCAAAGCAAAGACGUGCCUGUGGAAUAUUGUUUGGGAUCCGUGUCACACUCUUGUUGAUUUAUGAAGAUGUAUACUGAGCAUGUCUGAGGCAUAAGAGCUGUAUACUAAGCUUUGCAAAGGGUGUAAUUUCCUCACCUGACACACUCCUCCUCUCUGGUCUGUCCCAUUGCUCACACAUGCACACUCACGGCAGUGUUGUGUACACACUUGCACAUGCUCCCAAAGAAGAGACUAAGCUGUAUUUUUUGUAACCCCUGAUUUUAAAGCAUAUCAAUGUGACUUGUGCUUUUAGAGUCUCCUAAU